AGGUGUCAUUUUGAGCUGUCUUCAGUGUCAUUUCUAAUCCCCCCUCUGGUUUGGUGUAUGGUUCUAUGCCGGGACAACCUCUCCCGGCAAGAAUCUUCAAUUUUCCCUCACAUUUCAAUUAUCUCCUUUGAUAUCUUUUUAAUCCAAUUAAAAUGUCAGAGAUGAUACGUGGUGCAUAUGAGGAGUUGAUUGUAUCCCCCAAAAAAAUUGAAAACUUUUUUGAUGGUGAAGAUGAAAGAGUGUAUUCAAAGGAAUUGAAAGGAAGGAGAAUGUGGAAAAAAUUAAAAUAUCAGCUUGUAGAGUACAAUUCACUGCCAGCAUACUUAAAGGACAAUGAGUUCAUAUUGGGAUAUUAUAGAGCAGAGUGGCCAUUGAAGCACACCUUCCUCAGCAUUUUCUCAAUUCAUAAUGAGACACUUAAUGUCUGGACGCAUUUGAUUGGGUUCUUCCUUUUCCUCUUUCUCACAAUAUACACAGCUAUGAAAGCUCCAACUGUGGUAGAUUUCAAAUCCCUUCAAAAUUUGUCCAAAAUGAUUCGAAAAGCUGAUUUAAGUUGGAAUCUUGUGGAACAUCUCACCAAAUGCUUGCCAGAGCAGUUUUCCCUAAAUGGUGUGAAAGAUGAUACAAUAUCCACCUUAAUAGUCAAACCAAUUACAAGGUGGCCUUUUUAUGCCUUCUUAGGUGGUGCCAUGUUCUGUUUGCUAGCCAGCAGCACAUGCCACCUCUUUGCUUGUCACUCACAGCGGCUCUCCUACAUCAUGCUCAGAAUAGACUAUGCAGGAAUUGCAGCAUUAAUUGCAACUUCAUUUUACCCUCUUGUGUAUUACUCAUUCAUGUGCAACCCCUUUUUCUGCUACCUCUACUUAGGCUUCAUAACACUAAUGGGGAUUGCUACCAUUGCCUUCUCUCUUCUCCCAUUUUUCCAAAAGGCUGAGUUUAGAAAGUACCGUGCUUCACUCUUCUUCUUAAUGGGGUUUUCAGGCGUGGUUCCGAUAAUUCAUAAGGUGAUACUGCACAAGCAUCAACCUGAGGCUUUGCAAACUACUGGCUAUGAGAUAUUGAUGGGAGUUCUUUAUGGUUUGGGAGCUCUGAUCUAUGUUACGAGGAUACCAGAGAGAUGGCGGCCUGGGAAGUUUGAUAUUGCUGGACAUAGUCACCAGCUUUUUCAUGUGUUGGUUGUGGCAGGGGCUUACACACACUAUCAAGCUGGGUUGGUCUACCUGAGAUGGAGAGAUUUGAAAGGUUGUUAGCAGGGUUUUAAAUUGUAGUUGUGGUCGCGGUUGCGGCUACAUUUUGGAAUUGCUGACAAAUAUGAGUUGAAAAGGCCGCAAUUGCAAUCGUAAUUUCAUUGCAGUAACUUCACAUUUACAUUGCGGACCGCAAUUUAAAACCCUUGUUGUUAGGUGAUAGGUAAUGAAUGUUAGCUAUCAAUUGGAGGAAACAACGAAGAAUAGUGUUUGAUUCACUCUUAUUGGGGAUACACCACAUUUAUUGACAUGUAAAUAUGACUAUGAUGAGAAAAGAGAGAUGUGGUGAGACAUGUAAUAGAAAAGGAAGAGAUACAGAAAGCUAUAAAGUGAGUGUAGAAAGUGGUACCAUGUGGAAUACCCUUCAUUGCUCUUUGCUGUGUUGGACAGCUGAAUGUGUGAACAAACAAGCCCAUAAUGCAGAGUCAGGAAGGAGCUAAGAGGUGACAUGGAAAUGCUGUGGUAUCCCAAGUUUGUUGUAAUGUAUUACAUGUAGCUAAUUCACGUAGGAGGGGGCCUUUUAUUUGUUGGAAUUCAUGUGGUUUACAUCAAAUUGGAGUAAUAAUUAAGUGUGUCUUAGAUUGACCUUAA